AUGUCGCACCGCCCGCGGAAAUUCCAGCGCAUCUCCAAAGCCUGCGAUUUUUGCAACCGCCGCAGCAUCAAAUGCAAUAAGAACAACGGCCCCCUUGCGCCCUGCCAGAACUGCGCCGACUUCGAUGUCCCCUGCACCUACGAUCGGCCCGCCCGCCGACGCGGCGCUCGAAGGAAUGCCAGUCCUGCCGCCAGCCAGACGAUGCAACCCACCGGCGCGCUUCCCACGCUUUCCGCACAGCAAACGCCUCGCGAUGAAGACCUUGCCCGCACCGGCUCCGUUUCCAGCACAAUCAUGCAGUCUCGCACAAGUAAUGCCUCGUGGGACGGUGUCAAUGGGACUCACGCUGCGGUCGCCGGUCCAAGCGAUGGUGGGCUGAUCUCUCCAUGGAAGGCGUUUGCGACCGCCUGCAAUAGAACCAUCCAGGACUUGGCCCAGGUCUACUUUGAGAUCGUAUAUCCUAUAUUUCCCUUGUUCCACUGGCCCACGUUUACGAAGGCCCUCGAGAAUAUGGACUACCUCCACGACGAUGGCUUUUUCGCCUCGACAAUGGCAAUGUGUGCGUUGGCUUCUGCCCGCGCUCGCGAUGGAGCCUUGUACACAACGCGAUGGACCCCACACCAGCUGGCCAGUCCUCCGUCGGAAGUCUUUUGGACGGCCGCGAAAGAAUCGAUUCCUCGUGACCUGGCCAAUGCCAGAGGAACUGAGUACAUGCGAGCAUCUGCCAUAUUGAGUAUCGCCAGUAUUCAGCAUGGGCAGAUUCACGGCAUGCAGCAGUACCUCGGCAUCUACCACACACUCGCGACGAUGGACGGGCUGCAGGAUGAAAAGUUCUGGCCCAAGGACCUGGAUCCCAUUACUGUUGAAAUCCGGCGACGAAUGUUCUGGUCUAUCUACACAUUGGACGUGUAUUCAUCCAUCGUCUGGGGCGGUGUCAUUCGCCACCGAGAAACGCAGUCUAAUGUUCGGUAUCCUGGCGAGUUAAGAGACGAUUUUCUCAUAAAUCCUAAAUCUGCUGCAACGUCGCCAGACGAGAAUGGCAGAUUGGUUGGGCAUGCACCAUCAGACGACUGGAUAAAUGGCUGGAACUUCAUCACCGAUAUGUAUCGCGUCUUGGAACAUGCCGUCGAUAGCCAGAGACGGCGUAUCGUCCCCAACAACGGGACGACGGACGUUUGGUCAUUAUUCAGUCCAUCUCAAAUGGCGGGUUCCUGGCUCAUGGACCAUGUUGUAGCCAUGUACGCGGCCCUUCCACCCCAGUUCCACCAAACUCAACCGGUCAUCGGUGAUCUGUCCCAGGACAUUUUCGGUUUCCAGUCGGCCAAUAUUCAAGCAACGCUUCAGCUGCUGCGGAUGGUUGUGUCUUCGAAUGGAGACCAGGGCGUGGAUGAGAAAUGUGACGUCGCCGGACAGGUCUUGAGUGUCUUCUCCAAGGUCCCUGUUGAAUACCUCAAAGCCAUCAGUUCCCCAUUGCUUCACCACCUCGCUGGUAUUGGUUACAUUCUCGGCUCGGUAAUGGAAGGCAGUUUAUCAGAAGCUUCUUAUAAACGCGUCCGCACUCUGCUCCUGGAAAUGGCCGACCUCCUGCAUCGACUAGAGUCAGGUCUCCGCCGCUCCACUGGCACGAGCGAACGACUCAGGGCACAAGUGAGUCGCAUUGACGAGUACAUGUUGUCCCAGCGAUUAGCGACCACGGUCCCACCUGCCGUACCCCACACGGGGAUAAUUAAGGACGACCUGGUCUCGCCGCUUUACCAACAAUCAAACCUUACGCCUAUCCAGGCCCCUAUCACCGGAAUAGACGACCCGAUCGCUCAAUUCCAGCUGCCGCCUGAGUUGCUGAAUGAUUGGCCGUGGCCGUUUGAUACCGGUUUCUCGUCUGAGGGGAUGUUUCCCCUUGCUUUCGUGAAGUGA